AUCUCUUUAGCCACGUUUCCUUCUCUUACACAAUCAACACAACCACUCCUUCCCAUUUUUUCUUUCCUAUAUCUUCCCAAUGCAAACCAAAGUCUAUUGAAUAUUUGUGUCCACAUUGAAAUUUUUUCCAAUGCCAAUCAUUCUAAUCCUGUUUAUAUUAGUAGUGGGCCUUAUCGCCGCCGAAACGGGAGGCAUUGGUCGAGCCGAUUUCCCAAACGGGUUCGUCUUCGGGACCGCUUCUUCGGCUUACCAGUUCGAAGGCGCCGUGGGCGAAGGGAAGAAAGGAAUGAGUAUAUGGGACACAUUCACUAGGCGGCCAGGGCGGAUUUUGGACUUCAGCAAUGCGGACACGGCGGUUGAUCAGUACCAUCGAUUUAAGACUGAUGUAGACUUGAUGAAGGACUUGGGGAUGGACGCUUACAGAUUCUCGAUCUCGUGGUCCCGGAUCUUCCCAAAUGGAACUGGGGAGCCGAAUCCAGAAGGAAUAGAUUACUACAACAGUCUCAUUGAUGCUCUAUUAGAAAAGGGAAUACAACCAUACGUUACUCUAUAUCAUUGGGAUCUUCCACAGGCACUUGAGGAUAGAUAUGAUGGUUGGCUGAGCACACAGAUUAUCAGAGAAGAUUUUGAGCAUUAUGCUUAUACAUGCUUUCAAGCUUUCGGCGAUCGAGUCAAGUACUGGAUCACCUUCAACGAGCCGCACGGAUUCUCUAUUCAAGGCUACGACACUGGCAUUCAAGCUCCGGGAAGGUGUUCGAUUCUAUCUCAUGUAUUCUGUAAGAAAGGAAAAUCGUCGAUGGAACCUUAUACGGUCGCACACCACAUCCUCUUAUCUCAUGCUGCUACUUUUCGUACUUACAAUCUUCAUUUCAAGGAAAGACAAGGAGGCCUCAUCGGAAUGGCUCUUGAUGCCAAAUGGUAUGAACCGAUAUCUGAUGCUGAUGAAGACAGGGAUGCUGCAAGAAGAGCAAUAGAUUUUGUGCUUGGAUGGUUCUUGGAUCCAAUUUUCUUCGGCAGAUAUCCACAUUCGAUGCAGAAUCUCGUCGGGAGUAGACUUCCCGAGUUCACACCCGAGGCAUCCAGAUCAUUGAUUGGGUCACUGGAUUUCGUGGGCCUCAACCAUUACACAACAUUGUAUGCUCGGAAUGAUAGAAGCAGGAUUUGGAAGUUGGUAUUGCAGGAUGCUUCAUCCGACGCGGCCGUGAUCACAACCUCGUUUCGGCAUGGAGUGCAGAUUGGAGAAAGAGCUGCUUCUCAUUGGCUGCAUAUCGUCCCGUGGGGUAUUCGCAAGUUGGCAAGAUACAUGAAGGAUAACUAUGGGGACCCACCAGUUAUUAUAACCGAAAACGGCAUGGAUGAUCCAAACAGCCCUUUCAUGUCUUUGAGCAAGGCAUUACAGGAUGAGAAGAGAAUCAGCUACCACAAGGACUACUUGUCCAAUUUAUCAGCUGCAAUAAGGGAGGACGGAUGCAACGUUCGUGGUUAUUUUGUGUGGUCCCUACUUGACAACUGGGAAUGGAACUCGGGCUACACCGUCCGAUUUGGACUUUACUUCGUCGACUACAAGAACAACCUUACAAGGAUCCCAAAAGCUUCUGUUCAAUGGUUCAGAUCUCUUCUCAGGCAAACAGAUGCUAAUUGUAUCACCAUGUCCUGCUAAUCUUUCUCUUUGGUUUCUUAUUUAACAAGGUAGGUGCCAAAUGCUAAUAUCUAAUUAAUUAAGCAAGAAAUCUCUGUAAACAUGGAAUGCAUGUGCAGGAUCAAGACCGUUCAUCUGUAAGGACCUACCAUGGAUGUGGCUGACGCCGAAAAUGAUACUGUUUGGGCUUUCCUGGCGAGUUGAUUAUAUACAUUUUGAAUUUCAAUUGUAUUGUUUGAAAAAAAUUGACAGUUAUCAAAUAUGCGGCUAGGAUUAUCUGAUCGGUGUGAUUGUCAGCAUAGGGUAGAGUCAGGGUGUCAAAUAUUAGAAUUUAGCAAUGGAUCCUUCACCUUGUUUGUACAUUAUGAAAUAUUCAUUUUCUAUGAAAUAGAUUAAGAUUGAUUCA